AUGACUAGUUCCACCUACGUGUUAUAUGACUAUGUCCCCAGUCUGGGCGGUGCAGUUGCCUUUGCUAUCCUGUUUGCAGCAACCACUGCUGUCCAUCUUUUUCAGCGCAUCCGCACUCAUGCCAAAUACUUCAACCCCUUCAUCGUCGGGGGGAUCUUCCAGGUGAUAGGCUAUGGAGCCCGUGCCGACGCUCACUUCAACACCACAUCAACCACCGUCUACGCUCUGCAAACACUUCUCAUCCUCCUAGCACCAACAUUAUAUGCAGCCUCAAUCUACAUGGUCCUCGGCCGAAUCAUCACCUUUCUCCACGCGCAGCAUCUAAGCGUGGUACCAGUUAAAUGGAUGACAAAGAUUUUCGUUUCCGGCGAUAUCCUCUCUUUCAUCCUACAAGGAGCCGGCGGUGGCAUCAUGUCCGGUGGAUUCAGUAGUAGUUUAAAAAUCGGACAAUGGGUAAUUGUAGCCGGUCUCUGUGUCCAGCUUGUCUUCUUCGGGGCUUUCUUGAUUGCCUCGCUCACAUUCCACUUCAGAAUCGAGCAAUCGCCUACCGUGGAGUCAGAAAAGAACAUUGAGCGUGACGAGAGAAUGUGGCCUCGAGACUGGAGAGGGCUGCUCGGUGCAUGCUACCUUGUUAGCUUUCUGAUUCUGGUGAGAUCAGUAUAUCGUUUGAUUGAGUUUGCUCAAGGAAAUAGUGGCUAUGUGAUCUCUCACGAGGUGUUCUUGUAUGUGUUUGAUGCGGCAAUGAUGUUUUUGGUUAUGCUGGUGAUGAACUUGUUUCAUCCGUCGGUUGUGCUUCGCGGUGAUGGUCAUCGGCGAGUUGAGUCGGUGGAGCUGGGACUGCGGGUUGAGGAGCAUGAUUCACAGUGA